AUGACAAAGAAUUUUAACAAAUUAUCAGCCGUUGCUUUUAUUAUUAAUUGUAUGUUAGGAUCUGGGAUAAAUUACAUGCCAGCUGCUUUCAAUCGGUCUGGAAAUCUUUUUAGUUUUGUGAUGUUAUUUAUUGUUGCGAGUUUUACUACCUUUUCAAUAUACGCUCUUUUAAGAUGCUGUUCUAAAUAUCCAAACGAACAAAACGAUAUUAGUUAUGCAAAUAUAGGUAAGCUUAAAUACAGAAAGCUUAAAUUGAUAAUUGAUAUAGCACUUUUAAUAUCAUCGAUAUUUGCCGCAAUUGGAUUUCAAAAAUACAUAUCAGAAUUACUAAAAACAUUCAUUUUACAAUUUUUCCCCGGUAAAUCCGUCGAUUUUGUAAGAUAUUUAUAUAUUCUUAUUUUAAUGACAUCAACUUUAGUUUUAACAGGCCUUUCGAUGAUUAACAAUUUGGCAAAAUUCAAAAUAUUAUCCCGUCUUUGUGUAUUCUGUAUUGUGUCACUACUAGCAGUUUUACUUAUUUUGAAAAUAUCCAUCUCCAAUUUAGACAAAUAUUCUUCAUCUUCUGAUAGAAAUUUCAGUGGCUAUGCAUUCAGCUUGUCUUUUUUUAUAUUUGCGAUGUCCGUACAGGCAAACAUUCCUACCUUAUACACCAAUCUAAAAUAUAAAACGAAAGUUAGUCUUUUAAAAAUUGCGUCUUUGGCGUCAUUUGUUGGAUUUGUUGUGUAUGGACUAGCAGGAUAUUUAGGAAAUAAAUUUACAGCUGGUACUAUUGGUACUAAUGAUAUUAUUACGUUUUUUUUAGAUAACAAUUCAUCACUAAAUUUAUAUCUGAGAAAUAAUAAUGAUCUUGGCUUUUUUUGGUCUAAGUUUUUAGAAAUAUUAACUCAAUAUCAAAGCUUAUGUUCCGUAUUGCUUUUAAUAGUCGGGUUUCCUUUACAACUUGCGCCGGCAGCAAGAUUUUUAAAAGAAUAUGUACUCUUUAAUGAUACCAAUCCCUCUAGUAUACAUAAUAUAACUAUAAUUGCACUAAUGAGUUUUGUUACAGUUAUUAACUUAAUCCCAAAUUUGUCUCUAAAUCUGAUUUUUAGUUUAUAUGGUCCAAUGGUUGAAGGUUUUCUAUGUUUUUUAUUCCCAUUAUUACUUUAUAUUUGUUAUUCAGAAAACAAGUUACUCUAUAAAAAAAUUUUAGCUGGUAUAGUUAUUUUUUUAAGUAUUGUUUAUUCUAUAUUUGGCGUUACUGGAGCUAUUGUUAACGAAAUAAACCAUUUACAUGCUGUGGUAGAAGAAUCGAAUCAUACUAUUGAACAAACUACAAUCGCAAACUAA